AUGGCGUCGGAGGAGCACCAGGAGGAUGCUUCCAUGGAGGACACGCCCCUAGCGGCGUCCAUCGAGGCUGCCACGCGCAACCGGGGCAAGAAGCAGGGAAAGACUCGCGAGCUUUACAGCUGCACCAUCAGCAAGCCGCCGUUUGCCUACGUCCACAUUGAAGCGGCCACUUCUCGCCAGACAGACACGGUAGGCUCUGUGAUAGACCCCCUGCAGAUACGGUCGUACUGUACCGCGGCCCUGAAGCAGUUUGUGGGCGCCACCGGGGCCGGCAUGCCGCUUGACCUGCUCAAGAUCGACGGCCGACAGUUCUGGAUCCGGCUGCCGCGCGAGGACCUGAGCUUCUUUGCGGCCGCCCUGGCGGCCUGGAGCUUUACGGACCAGGACGGCGUUACCACAGUGCUGCGCCUGCUCGCGUCCGGGAACUGGCUCGGCAGCCUCCUCGGGCGCACACGACUGCCGCAGCUGUGGGAAACAUGA